AUGGCUGCUUCCUACACGUUCGAAGAUCUUUCUGGUGCAACACCCACUGUGUCAGAUAAUCCAUAUGAUGGCUUGAUCGAAGCUUGCCACGACAGUGCUGCUGAGAUUCAAGCUCGUUAUGAAACUCAUCGUAGCGCCCGAGGUGUCCAGCAGAAGGAGAAGCUCACCUCUCCGGACUUUCCAGGCGUGACCAUCGACACUAUCCUUGCAAAGUUGGAAGAUCAGACGAUUGAACCUGGCUUCAAAGACCCGAGACACUGCCUGGUCUUCUGGGCUCGCCCUCCACCUCAUGUCAAACUUGUGAUCGCAGAAGUGCAGAAGAGACUCAAGACAGUCGCACCCCACCUUUGGGUUAUGCCACAAGAUAGUUUGCACAUGACAGCACUGGAGAUCACACAUUCUCUGACUGACCCAGAGAUCGAUGAGCUAGUCGAGCAAGUCCGUCCUGGCAUUCCGGAGAUCACGGAUUACACCUAUUCGCACCGAGCCCGCAUAGUAAAGCCAUCGCUUUCAUAUGAUGCUCAAGCAUUCGCUCUGUCGUUCCUCCCUGCAGCAGGUGAGCCCUGUACUGCUGACCCGUCUCGCAAGCCGGAGGACGAUGCAUACACUUAUCACCACUUGCGCCGUGAUCUUUACGCUCUGACUUCUGCCACCGGCGUCAAGGUCGCAAGCAGAUAUGUUGUUCCUUCUGCUCAUUUGACUGUUGGUCGCUUCAUCGAGCGCUCGGAUACUGAGGCUGCAGAUGGCAAGGUUGAUCAUGCACGCAUGCAACAGUUGGUGAAGGUAGUCGAUGAGAUCAAUGAGUGGCUCAAGACCGAGUACUGGCCCAAGGAUGGCAAGACCAUCAAAGCAGGUGGUGAGUGGAUCGUAGGUGAGGGCAAAGGUCUUGACAGCCGCAAGGGUGCUUUAUGGUAUGGCUCCGGCGGUGAGACCGUAAGACUGGGCAAGGGAUUCUGA